AAAUUGCUGCGGUUGAUUUAGACGUGACGGUGCACGGGCUGUAUAGAUUCGUGUUGUCAGUUCAAAUCCUUAUGACAUUACUUCUAGUCGUUAUUACCCGAUUGUCUUAGUCUCACCAUUUACUCUGUUGAUAGUUACUAUAGAUCUAUUUCAUCUGAUGUAGGUACAUCUUAUAUCUUUACUUAGUCGUCGUUUCAUUAUCUUGUUCUCUUAUCCAGUUUCCCGUGCACACGCAGCUCUAUACUCUCCCGUGGAAAUCCUGAUAAUUCUGCCCUGGAAAGUUCGCGAUUGUUUUGUAACUAGCGGAAACGCUCGAAUAAACUGUAUACAGUCGCAAUGACCUGCGUGGUUAGUUCUGAAUGAUCAUCUGUUUGCUUAUCUUUUGCUUUCAUUUGCUACUGCUCUCGAUUUUUAGGCCAAAUUUUACGACGAUGUGAUUGAGGAUGUUAUAAGUGGUGUUAAAGAUGAGUUUGUUGAGGAUGGUGGUGAUAUCCAGAUACUUGAAGAACUCAAAAAGGUUUUACAUGUUUCACGGCUCACUAUUAUUUAGCUAUGGAAGUCCAAACUUGCUGAGACCCACGUCUUUAGCCCAGAGCCUGUCGGCGGAAGUGCUGCACAAUAUUUGAACCUUUUGCAACGUUCUCAAGUUCAGGUAAUAAAAAUGUUUAAAUUGAGUAAAAUAUGGUAACUUUGACAACUGUAUUCGGCGACCAUAGUACUAUAUGUAUUCUUAUAUAUGACUAUUAUAUUGGGUUCCAAGUUUUUAAAUGCUUAUUCUUGAUGUGGCUUUAUCAUAAAAAUACUUGUCUGUAACUAAUUAUGUACCCCAUUUACAUCAUGUAAUAUCGCGAGUUUUGUCAUAAUACUGAAAAUGGAAUCUAGUGCAAGAUCGAUUUGUGGUUCAUCAAGGUGCACCAAUUUUUAACUCCGACCUUGACAUUCUCAACUAAACCAUUACUCGUCUAGAUUUUAUUUUGAUUUCUCAUCAUAUUCCUCACAGUCUCAACGCAUCUGUUAAACGUAUGAGAUGCUCAUAAUUCUUUUUGCAGUUAACUUAGUCUGCGCAAGAGUAUUGAUUCCUCAGUUUAAAGCUAAUAUUACAUGUUUUGGUCCGUGUGCAUGGUUUGCAUAGCCAGUGCAACAUUAAUCCAGUGAUUCAAUUCCCUGUAUAAUUGUGUAUGUCCCAUUUUAAGUCACACUCUGUGGCAGUCGGGGACACUAUCCUAUUACUCAAACCAGAGUAGGUGGAGAGGAAUUCGAAUCAGUGACCUGUUUGUUAAAAUCCGAGUCUUUUGAUUGGGAUAUUGACAUAAUUGUUACAAAUUGGCAAUGGAUUUACCAUUCUACGGUCUUUUGAAAUAUCUGAUAAAAUUGAAGGGUGCAUUAAACCUGUCUCGGAAUUCACUAUCAUUAUACAUGUCUUGAUUUUCAUGUUGCACAUAUCAACAAACUAUUAAUAUUUAUCAUCAAUUAAAACUUCAGAUCCAUCCAAAUGUCGUCAGUUCUGGAAAUUCCUCCGUAGCUUUACCAAUGAGGCAGUUGAACACAAUCAUCCGAACUGGGUCAGAUCAGACAACAGCAAGCAUGGCUCUCCCUGGUACCCUUUCAGGUUUGCGACUACCUGCAGCACGGGCCUCUGUCUCAGUUCCCACUCAAAUGCGAUCUCGUGAGCCAGUACAAGCUACUCCGUGUUUGGCCUCAGUUAUACUACCAACUCAGUCGCAAACACAAAAGCAACCUCAAACAACCAGCGUUCUUCCCGCUGUGCUUACUUCCAAUCCAAGUGGAGCUCAAUCAAGACCUGCAACUACUAACGUUCAACAAGUUACAACACCCCAGCUCGCCACAUUGCCUUCAGGUCUUACAGGACAUCUUGUGCAAAUCGGCCAACAGACUUAUCUCGUCCCUCAGCCGUUAACAGCAGUCCGUCAACCUGGUGUUCAUCUGGCUGUUCCUCAGUAUAUAGGUAACCCAAGUGUGGCAACCAACAAUUCCAUGGCUUCUGAUUCCAAACCUUUUACUGUUUCAGACAUUGGGCAGUUUAAACAAACACAGGUCGAUGGUGUCCAUGAUAGCGAUGAUGAAAAGUUCUGUGAUACUCCUGUAUCACAAUCGAUGAGCGUACCUGGGCGUCGAAAGAAUCAAAACAGCGGACAGCAUAAUUAUAAUGAUAGUGUUGCAUCCCAUGCCCAUCAUGGUUCAGAUCUAGAAGAUGAUGAUGACGAUGAUGAUGACUUAGUCCCUGCUACUCCUGGUUUCACCCCACACUCGUCUAUUUUAUCUCACUACAACACUAGUCGUUAUGUGAUGGAUACUCCAAGAGACAUGGGUGGGGGCACACCUCUUGUAAGUGCCCCACCCACUCCUAUGACCCCACCUUCCGUAUCAGUCCCAGAAAGUCACUUACGCCCUGGACAACAGUCUUUAGCUACUCAUUCACUCCACACUGCACAAACACCUGCCUCCAAACGUCGACGACUUUCACCAUACCACGGGAAAAAUACAGAUACAGAUGAAUCUGAGGGUUGUGAUGAUGGCGAAGAUCCAGAAAUAGUAACUACUACCACUACACCGACCAACCCAAACGAACUAUCCAUAGAAAACUACGAAAAUACCGUUGAUCCUAAGCGAAAAUUGGAUCAAGUGAAGCAAAAACUUAAACAGCGUCCACAACAAGAUAAGAAUUCAGUCAGUCCUAAGAAUAGUCGUAUAACAAAACAGUUUUCAUCCCCAACUGAAUCAGAGCUAGGUGUUCCAGAUCAGAUGGAAUUCCUUGAAGGAGAUCCUCUAAAAGCAGAAGAGGAAGGGGAAGAAGAUGAGGAAGAAGAACCUCUGAAUUCAGAAGAUGAUGUGAGUGAUGAAGAACCUGAAGUGCUGUUCGAAUCGGAUAAUGUUGUUGUUUGUCAGUAUGAUAAGAUUCAUCGAGCUCGAAAUAAAUGGCGUUUUCAUCUGAAGGACGGGAUAAUGUCCAUAAAUGGUCGGGAUCAUAUUUUCCAAAAGGCUGUCGGUGAAGCUGAAUGGUAGUUUGAGUGGGAUGUAUUUAGUUAUUAGUUUCUUCAUAUCAAAGGAUAUCGUCGAAAGAUGAAUUUGGAUGCUGUUCCCUCUGUUUUCCGAUGCCAUCACGUUUAGUCACUUAUAUUGAUUAUUGCAAAUGUAAAACUUUGUGAAUGACUAUAGUCGCAAUUGUUGUAUGCCUCUUUUAACCAACUUUGCGUUCUGUAAAGAAAAAGAUAACCAUAAUCAAUUUCACUUCCUUGCAGUCAUAGUAAAGUACUUUUAUAGUCGUUUGU